CGUGCCAUAACAGAGUCUGUAACAUGGCUGCUGCAGCUUCAUCUCUGGACGAGGAGCUCUGCUGUGCUGUUUGCUCGGACUUCUUCAAGGAUCCUGUUCUCCUGAAGUGCAGCCACAGCUUCUGUAGAGUCUGUCUGCAGAAGUUCUGGAAAGAGAACAGCUCUCGGGAGUGUCCAUUAUGCAGGAGGAAGUCCUCCGUGGACGAUCCCCCUGUCAACCUAACCUUAAGGAACGUCGUGGAGUCAUAUUUACAGCAAAGGAGUGUUAGAAAUGUGGCAGAAAAGAAUGAAUCUCGCUGCAGCCUCCAUGGAGAGAAGCUUCUAUUCUUCUGUGAGAACGACCAGGAGCUUCUCUGUGUUGCUUGUCAAAAUUCAAGAAAACACAGAGACCACCAGCUCUGUCUAGUGGAAGAAGCUGCACAGGAUAAGAAGGAGGACCUCAGAGCUUCAUUGAUUCCAUUAAAUGAAAAGCUGGAGAAGUUUACAAAAGUUAAACAAGAGUCUGAGAAAACAGCCAAACACAUCAAGAGUCAGUCCCAGCACACUGAGAAGAGGAUCAAGGAGGAAUUUGAGGAACUCCAUCAGUUCCUGAGAGAGGAAGAGGAGGCCAGACUGGCUAUACUGAGAGUGGAAGAGAAGGAAAAGAGUGAGAAGAUGAAGGAGAAGAUAGAGAACAUCUCCAAACAGGUCUCCACCUUGACAGAGAAGAUCAGAGACAUUGAGAAGGCCAUAGGUGCUGAGAACAUCUCCUUCCUGAAGACUGUCAACGACACCAAAGAAAGAGCCCAGUGCUCACUGCAAGACCCAGAGCUGGAGUCAGGGGCACUGAUAGAUGUGGCCAAACACCUGGGCUCUCUGAAGUUCACAGUCUGGGAGAAGAUGAUGGAGACAGUACAGUACACUCCUGUGACUCUGGACCCCAACACAGCUCACGCUAGACUCUUUCUGUCUGAUCAUGUGACCACUGUAGGACACACUGGAGAAAGAAUGAAGAUCCCUAACAACCCAGAGAGGUUCGAUUCGUGUGUGAAUGUGCUGGGAUCUGAGGGGUUUAACUCGGGAAAACACAGCUGGGAGGUGGAGGUGGGGGACAAACCUGCCUGGGAUCUGGGCGUUGUGAUAGGGUCUGUUAAGAGGAAGGGCAGGGUUACAUGCAGCCCAGAGAAUGGAUUCUGGAUCAUAGGUCUGAGGAAAGGUGAUGAGUAUGAAGCUUACAGCACACCAUCAACCCGCCUGCGACUGAAGAGGAAACCGCAGAGGAUCAGAGUGCAUCUGGACUAUGACAGGGGGGAGGUGUCCUUCUUCAACCCCACUGACAUGUCACUCAUCCACCUCUUCAAAGACACAUUCACUGGGACCCUGUUUCCAUUAUUCUCUCCAUGUGUAAAUAAUGAUGGAAGCAACCCUGGAUCCCUGAAGAUCUGCCCAGUAAAGGUGUCUGUGACGGUGAUGUGAUCCCAGUAAAGGUGUCUGUAACACUUACAUCAUCCCAGUAAGGAUGCCUGUGUCUGAGACACUAUAUUGUAAGGGGGGGAAGCUGAGUUGUCCUGGAACACCGUGAAUAUCUGUCACCUGGUUCGGGUUAAACUGUACGGAGAGAGAAAGUUCUCUAGGAAUAGUUCCUUUUUUCUUAGCUUAGUGGGCUCAGUAUAUUCGUACUGUUAGCUAAUCAAUCUCAUAUGGAGAAAAACAUCUAUUAAACAAAUAAAUGUGAAUGUACUACAACCAA